UCAUUUUCGAUCUUCUCAUUUUUGAUCUUCUCAUUUUUUACCGUCUCUUGUGCUUUUUAUAUUUUUAAAUAACCAUGGCUUCUCAGUUCCCUGGUCCAACCAAGAUCCAAGACUCCAACGCUCCCCUCACAGCUUCUGGUCCCAGCAAUCCAGUCAAUACUUCACCUCCGAUGGGACAGACCGAGGAAAGACCCCCCACGUACCUCGCCGCUCUCCUCAAAAACAUCAACACUUGUCGUCCCAGCGUCCCAAAGGUCUCAAACGUCAAGAAAUCAACUAAAGUCAACAUCAAUCCUGUUAGACCUGUUAGACCGGUUCGACCUGUUCGACCUGUUAGACCGGUUCGGCCUGUUAGACCGGUUAGACCUGUUAGACGGCGAAAAGUAGAUUUAAACAUAUCUUCACCUGCGAUGGGCUACACCGAGAAUAGAUCCGCCACGUACCUCUCCUCAGGCAACCCCUGCCUCGACUUCUUCUUUCACGUUGUUCCUUCCACGCCCAAGAAAUCUCUGGAGCAGCGGCUAAAGCAGGCUUGGGACCAUGAUUCUUUAACCACUCUCAAGCUUAUCUGUAACCUUCGUGGAGUUCGUGGCACUGGAAAAUCAGACAAGGAAGGGUUUUACACGGCGGCGUUGUGGCUCCAUAGUCGCCAUCCGAAAACCCUAGCUUGUAACCUCGAGUCCCUUUCCAAGUUUGGCUAUUUUAAAGAUUUUCCGGAGAUUCUUUACCGGAUUCUACAAGGUUCGGAAAUCCGCAGUAUCCAGAAAUCGCAAUGGUACAAGACAAUAGCCGCAGCAAUUCUUCGUAGAAGAUCCAAAUACUCGGGAGGCGGUCGUGGUGUUGGCCGUGGUUUAGGUCGUGGUCGUGGAAGGGGUCGCGGAAUGGUUCGUCGUGGUCUAAAAAGGCCGGCAGCCACGAGGGAGCUGAGGGUAGCGAACGCGGAGAGGAAGAACCAAGAGGAGAAAGCUAGAGCAAGCUUGAAGCGCAAGCAAAAGAAGGUUUCAUUGGGGAAGGCCGCAUCUACAAGGUAUUCUAACGAUCCAAAAUAUAGGUUUCUCCACGAACGUGUCUCUGAUCUAUUCGCAAAUCAACUAAAGAGAGAUCUUGAGUUUUUGACAUCCGACCAACCAAACAAAAUCUCUCUAGCGGCUAAAUGGUGUCCAUCGCUUGAUUCUUCGUUCGACAAAGCUACUCUUCUCUGCGAGAGCAUUGCUCGGAAGAUCUUUCCCCAAGAAUCAUACCCGGAAUACGAAGGCGUGGAAGAUGCUCACUAUGCGUACAGAGUUCGUGAUCGGCUAAGGAAACAAGUUCUCGUUCCCCUCCGGAAGACUCUGCAACUCCCUGAAGUAUACAUGGGAGCUAGAGCUUGGCGAUCUCUCCCUUACAACCGUGUUGCAUCAGUGGCGAUGAAGUCGUACAAAGAAAUUUUCUUGUACCGCGACGCAGAGAGGUUUCAGCAAUACCUUAAAGAUGCUAGGAUGGGGAAAACGAAGAUAGCCGCCGGUGCUGUGUUACCUCACGAGAUAAUCAGAGAAUUAGAUGGCGGAGACGGUGGACAAGUCGCUGAGCUGCAAUGGAAACGAAUGGUUGAUGAUCUUAAAACGAAAGGUUCUUUCACCAACUGCAUGGCUAUCUGUGACGUCUCGGGGUCUAUGAGUGGUGAGCCAAUGGAGGUUUCUGUCGCGCUUGGAUUGCUAGUCUCUGAGCUAUCAGAAGAGCCAUGGAAAGGAAAGCUUAUAACAUUCAGCGAAAACCCUGAACUGCAUUUGGUGACAGGAGACGAUUUGAGAUCAAAAACAAGUUUCGUGAAAAGAAUGCAAUGGGAUAUGAACACUGAUUUUCAGAAAGUGUUUGAUUUGAUUCUUAAAGUAGCCGUAGAAGGGAAACUGAAGCCGGAAGAGAUGAUCAAGAGGGUGUUUGUGUUCAGUGAUAUGGAGUUUGAUGAAGCGUCGUAUCCAAGUAAUGGAUGGGAUACGCCAUCGUAUUCGGAGGAUGAUGAUGAGGAUGAUGAUGAUGAAGAUGAUGAUGAUGAAGAUGAUGAUGAUGAAGAGGAUGAUGCUUGGCAAACAGAUUAUAAGGUGAUUGUGAGAAAGUAUAGAGAGAAAGGGUACGGAGAAGCUGUGCCGGAGAUAGUGUUUUGGAACCUGAGGGAUUCGAGGUCAACGCCUGUGCUUGGAAACAAGAAAGGAGUGGCUUUGUUAAGUGGGUUUUCGAAGAAUUUGUUAAAAAUGUUCUUGGAUCACGAUGGAGAGAUUGAUCCCAUUACGAUCAUGGAGGCUGCUAUAUCUAGAGAUGAGUAUAAGUCGCUUGUUGUAAUUGAUUGAAAACUUUAGAGAUUUUGUGAGCUUUGUAACAUUUGGUUGAAUCUUUGAAUAAAAUGAAAUUUGGAUU